GUUUCUUCAUCUAAAGCUUUAGCAGUAUUAAGAAAAUAAAUAAAUAAUACAUACUGCUUAAGCUUUGGAACACCUUCAAUCCUUUUUACAAAAAAGAAAAAUGGCACGUCAAUUUGUAGUAUUUGGUCUAUUGGCUUUGGUGGUGGCCACCGCAUUCGCUGCUGAGGCACCCUCAGCUGCUCCCACCGCCUCCCCUACCAAGGCACCCGCCACCAAGGCACCGGCUGCUGCACCCAAAUCCUCCACCUCAGCAUCCGCACCCAAAGCAUCGUCCCCUGUGGCAGAGGAACCAACAGCCGAAGACGAUUACACAGGAAACAGCCCCACUGAAUCUGUCGAGGGACCCACCGUCUCCUCCCCACCAGCUCCUACCCCAGAGGCUUCUGCUGAUGGACCAUCAUCCGAUGCACCCACCCCUGGCCCCGAGGUACUUGAUGGCAGCGCCACUAACGUGAAGCUCUCCAUCGCCGGCACUGUCGCCGCCCUCGGAUUCUUCUUCUUCUCUCUCUAAGAAGUUUGUUUUUUUUUAAAAAAAAACGACAACCUUGUUUGGGACGAAUCAUAUGACUGACUUUGUGUGACCAAAUCUUACUUAUAUGCCAAUUGUUAUCAAAAGAUUAAACGGACCUAUUAUUAAUUAAAUUAAUUAUACUACUAAUAUGUUCUUGUAACAUUUUUUUUA